UCAUGUAUAGAAAUUAUAUAAGGUUAAUUACAUUCAUAGAUUUGAAGUUUGCAAAAGCUACAUUUCUGAAUCGUAAUUUGAGUUACAGUUCAAGCCCGUUGUUCAAUUCGAACUCAAGAAUAACCAGGUAUUUCAAGGAAGGCGAUGUGCAAGCCGCACGUAAACUGUUCGAUGAAUUACCCCUGAGAAAUGUGGUGACUUGGAACUGCAUGAUUUCUGGGUACAUUAGGAAUGGGAUGAUCCAGCAAGCUCAGGAACUCUUCGACUCAAUGCCAAGCAGGAAUGUCGUGUCUUGGACAGCGAUGUUAAGUGGGUACGCGAGGAACGGAAGGUUAGAAGAAGCUAAAAUGUUGUUUGAUUCAGUUGGGGAUAAGAAUUUGGUGUGUUGGAAUUCGAUGAUUUCAGGGUAUGUGAGCAAUGGGAGAAUUGCAGAAGGCAGAGCAUUGUUUGACACAAUGCCAGCUAGGAACACUACUUCUUGGGCAAUCAUGAUUGAAGGAUAUUUUCAAUAUGGAGAUGUGAUUGAAGCUGAGAAGUUGUUUAACAAAGUACCAGAGAAAAGUGUGUCUGUUUAUAAUGUCAUGUUAGCAGGUUAUGCAGAAAGGGGGAAUGUUGAAGAUUGUUUUCAGUUGUUUGUAAAGAUGGGCACCCGCGAUAUUGCUUCUUGGACUAGUAUGAUUUCGUGUUUGUUAAGAGCUGGGAAGGUGGUAAAAGCUAGAAGCCUUUUUGAUGAAAUGCCUGAGAAGGAUAUAGUGGCUUGGACUGCAAUGAUGAAGGGUUAUUUGGAUAAUAAUCAGAUUCAGAAGGCACAGGAACUGUUUGACAAAAUGCCCAAUCGGGAUAUUGUUGCCUGGAACUCGAUGAUUAGCGGCUAUGCUCAAAAUGGGAAUCUGCAAGAGGCUCUUGAUCUUUUCAGGAAGAUGCCAAAAAGGGAUGUAGUGUCAUGGAAUUUGAUUCUCCUUGCAUAUGUGCAACAAGGCGACUUGAAAACCGCUAACAAAUUCUUCGAGGAGAUGCCUAGGAAAGACGAAACCUCUUGGAACACCAUGAUUUCUGGAUUCCAAAACGAGGAGGUUCUGUUUUACUAUCUCCACAUGCUAAGAAAUGGACUUAAGCCCAACCAAGGAACCUUCCCCAGCGUAAUAUCCAUGUGCGGGCUUCUUGCUCUGCAGGGCUGUGGCCGCGCUGUUCAUGCUAGUGCUAUCAAAAGCGGCCUGGAAAAUGAUAUCACGAUUCUCAGUUCAUUGAUUUCCAUGUAUUCUAGGUGUGGCUUUAUAGAUGAUGCAGCCUGCGUGUUCCACAAGAUGAAAAAUCGCGAUACAGCUGCAUGGAACGCCAUGAUUGUUGCACAAGGAUACCACGGCUCUGCUACAGAAGCUCUCAAUCUUUUCCAUUCAAUGCUUCGAGAUGGAUUUGAACCCGACCACAUAACAUUCAUGGGGCUCUUAGCUGCCUGUGCUCAUUCCGGGAUGGUUGAUAAAGGCCGGGAAUAUUUCAACUCGAUGCAGAAGUCAUGGAAUGUCACCCCAAAACCCGAGCAUUACGCUUGCAUGGUCGAUCUCCUUGCCCGAUCAGGCUCGUUAUCAGAAGCCUUCGAGUUUGUUAAACGAUUGCCAGCCCACGUCCCAACAUAUGCUCGGGAAACGUUACUCAGUAGUUGCAGAGUCCAUGGCAGCUUCAAGUUAGGUGAUUUUGUGGCAAAAGAGUUUCAGACAAUUUGCCCUUCUACUGUAGGGAUGUCUGUGCUGUUAUCAAACACAUAUGCCUCAAGAGGGAUGUGGGGAAGUGUUGCAGAGGUUAGAAUCAAUCUCAGAAAAAGCCAAUUAAGAAAGGAAUUGGCUUGUAGUUGGAUUGAGGUGAAUGGCUGUUUCUCUCAGUUUGUAUAUAAUGAUAAAUCCCAUCCCCAAUCUGGGGAAAUCUACACUGAGUUAGAGAGCCUUUCUGUCCUCAUUGAGAAUGUGGACGCAGUUAUGUAUUGAGUAUGCCAUUGUCAUUAUAUUUCUGGACUUGUGUUCAAAAUACACAAUUUACAUACGGAAUAUUCACAAUUUAUAUACUGAA